CUAACGAAUUGAACACUUUGCUCUGUACUCCUUUUGAAAAAAAUAAAAAUAACCAAGUAAUCAAUCAUCAACAAUCAAUCUUUAGCAGAGUCUUCUCAGCAUCUCAUUUGAUCAUUUCGCUUUUCCUCUCUCUCACACAGCGCACACACGCACAAAAUCCAUUGCGUUGCUCUUUUCCAUCCUCUCUUUCCAUUCUCGCUCAUUUGUCUCCUCUCUGUAUAGUUCAUUAUUACGAGUCUUUAGAUUCGUUCAUUUGCGAUUGUAAUCAUUUUUGUUGCUUACUCCGUCUUUAUUUUGAUCGGUCGUAUUCUGUAUUUUGAUCACUGAGAUCAAUGACGAGUGACUUGCAGUUCGUGAUUUAUGGUUUCGUCUUUCCGACGGUGUAGUUCGAGCCUUGAUCGAUAACUUUGUGCUUAUUUAUUGAUUCAAUUGUGUGGAAGCCGGCUUUGGCAUUCUUUGGACAUUUCUUGGCUUCGGUUCGGGUUUUAUUUAUUUUUUUCCUUAAAUCCCGAUUAAGGCGUAGUCGACUAAUUCCUGGGGUUCUAGUGAUUUUUUUUGGGAAUUUGGGUUUUCUUAAUCCUGUCAGUUGCCAUGGAUCAUGUCGUGGGUGAAAAAUUUAAGCUUGGUAGGAAAAUUGGAUGCGGUUCAUUUGGUGAACUCUUUUUAGGCGUGAACAUACAGAGUGGAGAAGAGGUAGCUGUCAAGCUGGAGCCAGUGAAGACCAAGCAUCCUCAGCUUCACUAUGAAUCAAAAAUUUAUAUGCUACUCCAAGGAGGAACUGGCAUUCCCAACUUGAAAUGGUUUGGAGUUGAGGGCGAAUAUAAUAUAAUGGUGAUAGACCUCCUGGGGCCAAGUCUGGAAGAUCUUUUCAACUAUUGUAACCGAAAGUUUUCCUUGAAAACAGUGUUAAUGCUUGCGGAUCAACUCAUUAAUAGAGUCGAAUACAUGCACUCAAGAGGAUUCCUUCACAGGGAUAUAAAGCCUGAUAAUUUUUUGAUGGGCUUGGGUCGCAAGGCAAAUCAGGUUUACAUCAUUGAUUUUGGUCUUGCCAAAAAGUAUAGGGAUCUUCAAACUCAUAAACACAUACCCUAUAGGGAAAACAAGAAUCUCACUGGUACGGCUCGCUACGCCAGUGUCAAUACACAUCUUGGGGUUGAACAAAGCCGAAGGGACGAUUUGGAAUCUCUGGGUUAUGUUCUAAUGUACUUCCUGAGAGGCAGUCUCCCUUGGCAGGGGUUGAAAGCUGGCACCAAAAAGCAGAAAUAUGAAAGGAUUAGUGAGAAAAAAAUGUCAACUCCUAUCGAGGUGCUUUGCAAAUCAUAUCCACCAGAAUUCACAUCGUACUUUCACUAUUGUCAGUCAUUAAGAUUCGAGGACAAGCCAGAUUAUUCCUAUAUGAAGAGGCUUUUCCGAGAGCUAUUUAUUCGUGAAGGUUACCAAUUUGACUAUGUGUUUGACUGGACUAUGUUGAAGUAUCCACAAAUUGGUUCAAGUUCCAGAACCAGGAAUCUCACUGGUAAUGCUGUUGCUGGACCCGCUGGUGAAAGACCAAGUAGAACAUCAGUAGGGCAAGAUCUUCGGGAUAAAUUCUCAGGUGCAGUCGAAGCUUUCUCUAGAAGAAAAACUACGAAUACGGGUCGUUAUGGAGAACAGUCCAGACACAGGACAUCUGAAGAUGUACCUUCUUCAAUGAAUGUGCAACCAGAUUCAGAGAAUCGCACUUUGCAAAAUGGAAGCUCUUCAAAGAGAGCAGCCAUUUCAAGCAUCAGGCCAAGCUCAUCCGGGGAAGCCAUUGAUGGCAGCGCUGGAAGAUUGGUCUCGAGUGGGGGCCGUGUAUCAACGACACAAAGAAUUCAACCCGGUACCGAUCAUAAACCAUCAGCUUUUUCUCGUGCAGCAGUUAAAGGCAGUCGCGAUGAUCCCUUACGGAGCUUUGAGUUCCUCUCUAUCAGGAAGUAAGAUGAAUGAAAGGUAAUGCGAAGCUGGCAAAUGGCAGCCUCGUAUUUAGGGCGUUAUCUAUACCCUUGUAAAUGUGAAAUGUGUUUUGAGAGAAUGUUUCUUAUGAAGAGUUAUCCAAGGAACUCAAUGUGCGACACAUUUUCUAUAUAUUUUUAAAUUUAGCCAAAUGCUAUUUUUCAA